AGUGCGCGCUGAGCUGCCGCCUCGCUUUCACUCUCCCCGGCGGCUCAGAAGGCGCUCGGAACCGCCCGGAUCGGUCCGGACAGAGACCACGGGAGAAGGGCGGCUUGUGGAGGCGAUGAGGCCGGCCGUGAGGAGCUCUGGGCGGGCGCUGCCCCGCAGCUCGGUCCCGGGGGCAGAACCACCGCGGCUGUGAUCGCGCUCUCUCGGCUUUCAUUGUGCGCCCGAGCCGCGCAGGAGACGAGGAUGAUUCCUCCGCGGCCGCAGGCUCGCCCUCCGUUCCCGUCCCAACACCCGAGCAUUCCCCAAGCGUCUCCCGUGUCGUCUCUGACGGACGCUUUUCUGCUCUCUGAGGGAACUCUCAGGAUCCAUGAGGACUCUCAAUGAAAACAAGGAGGAAGAGGAGGAGGAGGAGGGGGAGGCGGAGGAGGGGUCCGGCUGCAGCGCCAUGGAGGACAAGGAAAACAAUCUGAAAACAGCCAGGUUGUGGAGGGAUGCCGCCCUGCGCUCCAGGAAGCUGCGGACCAACCUGCGCCAGCUCACCCUCUGCUCCAAGAACAACCAGAUCAUCCUGCCCGAGGACAUAUCCGAGGUGGAGGCUCUCAACCUGGGCAACAACGCCCUGCAGGAGCUGCCGGACGGGCUGCAGGCCAGCCUCAACCACCUGCGCGUCCUGGUCCUCCGCAGGAACAAGUUCAGCAACGUUCCCCGGGUGGUGUUCGAGCUGGGCCAGCUGGUGGAGCUGGACAUGAGCCACAACUGUCUGAGGAGCCUGUCUGAAGGCGUGGGCCAGCUGAAAGCCCUGAAGAAGCUCUGCAUCAGUCACAACAAAGUCCAGAACCUGCCGGCUCAGAUUGGAGCGCUCCAGAGUCUGGAGGAACUGGACAUCAGCUUCAAUGACCUGCACGACUUCCCCUCGUCUCUGUCCAGCCUCUCCAAGCUGCGGACGCUGGAUGCAGAUCACAACAAGCUGAACCGUUUCCCCGCUGAGAUCUUGGCUCUGGACGAGCUGGAGGAGCUGGAUCUUUCCGGGAACAAGUUUGAGGUGUUGCCGCAGAACAUUACGAGGCUGAACUCCACCAAGAUCCUGUGGCUCAGCAGUCUGCACAUGUCUGUUUUACCUGACACCAUAUGUUACCUGCACAACCUGGAGAGUCUGAUGCUGGAUGGGAACCACCUGACGGCCCUGCCACAGUCCUUCCGUCACCUGCAAAGACUCAAAAUGAUCAACUUGUCUUCUAACCAGUUUGAGGGCUUCCCAGAAGUUAUUUUAACCAUCACGGGAUUAGAAGAGCUUUACCUGAGCAGGAACAAAUUGACUCAUGUUCCAGAGGAGAUCGGUCAGCUGGGGAAUCUGGUGAACCUCUGGUUGGACAACAACAACAUCACACAUCUGCCCGACAAUAUAGUGGAGCUGGAGAAGUUGGAGGAACUGGUUUUACAGGGUAAUCAAAUAGCCAUUCUUCCAGAUAACUUUGGGAAACUGUCCAAAGUGAAUAUCUGGAAGGUGAAAGACAACCCUCUGAUCCAGCCCCCGUACGAGGUGUGCAUGAAGGGCAUCCCUUACAUCGCUGUCUACCAGAAGGAGCUGGCGCAGUCACAGCUGGCCGUCAAGCCGCGGCUGAAACUGGUCCUGAUGGGAAUGAAGAAUGCUGGGAAAACCCAGCUGAAGCAGAGUUUGGUGAGAACGAAGCAGGACGCCAGAGCGACCCAGGGAAGCAGAGGAAUCGAAGUGACGGACUGGGUGGCAGACGCAGAUCGCCAUCUCACCUUUCUUGUGUAUGACUUGUCAGGGACCCAAAACUAUGACCUUAUCAAACCCUUCUUUCUGUCCCCUGGCGCUCUCUAUGUCCUCGUCAUCAAUCUGAAAACGUACUCGUCCAAGAAUUUUUACGCUCAUGUCGGGUAUUUCCUCCACCUGCUCUGUGCCAAAGUCCCCCAUGCGGUGGUGUGUCUGGUGGGCACUCACGCUGACCUGUGUGGGGAGCUGGAGCUGGAAGAGAAGACUCUGGACAUCCACAGACAGAUCGGCCUGCAAGAGAAGUGGGAACUCCAGCGUCUGAGGGGCCUGGCGCAACAGGUGGACCAUGCUCUGGAGCAGGGCUACAGCGUCCGCACUUCCAGCCCUCAUGUCCUCUUCUAUGGCGUCUCCGACCGGAACCUGCGGCGCCGGAAGAACCAGCUGCAGUUCAUGUUGAACCACCGUCUCCAGAUCCUGUCCCCUGUCCUGAGUGUCAGCUGUACGGCUGCCCAUGAGAAUGUCCACAGGAAGGUCCACAGGCUGCGAGAGAAGCUCAUGUCUGUCGCGGACCACAGGGAGAUCUUCCCAAACCUCCACCGGGUCCUGCCGAAGUCCUGGCAGAUGCUGGAGGAGUUGCACUUUAAGUCCAAAGACUUGUGGUUGUCCUGGUGGAGCGCGGCCCGUUUGGGCCUCCAGGCAGGACUGACGGAGGACCGGCUGCAGAGCGCCUUGUCCUACCUCCAUGAGAGUGGCAAGCUACUCUACUUCGAGGACAGCCCCACCCUGAAGGAGUAUGUUUUCCACAACCUUCCUCGAUUCAUUGCAAUUCUCAAUGUUUUCUUCCAGAGAGAUGAGUCUUCGCUGCUGGACCGGCUGCUCUCUGAGGGGGAGAAGGGGGACAAGGGGAGGGUGAGUCUGGUCAUAGAGGACGAGAAGGGGGAGAACCUCAGGGUGACCCACCUGCAGCACCACGUGGAGGGCUUCCUCCAGCAUGGCCUUCUUCCCUCUAACGUCAUCCGCCUGCUGCUCAGACCGCUCAUCCAGACCCAGCAGGACCUCCAUCUCAUCAUGGAGCUCCUGGAGAAGAUGGGAAUCUGCUACUGCAUCAACAAACCCCGCAGCAAACCUCUGAAUGGUGCCACGGUGUGGUACAAGUUCCCCAGCUACGUUAGCAGUGAUGAGGCCAGGGUGGAGUCCUCGGCCGGCGGGAGCGCUCUUCCUGCCAGCCCCCUGUUCUCUCUGGAGCAGCUUCAUGUCCAGUACAGCUUCCCCUUCCUGUUUCCUCCUGGACUGUUCGCCCGCUUCAGCGUGCAGAUUAACAGCCACGUGGUCCAGCGGUCAGAUGGCCGCCAUCAGAUCUUCGCCUACAGGGGAAAGGUGCCAGUGGUGAUCACGCACCGGCCGUCCAGGGGAAAGUUGCAGCCGGAGACUUUGUCCAUCGCCAGCCACGCCUCACUGCCCAACAUGUGGACGGCCUGGCAGGCCAUCACGCCGCUGGUGGAGGAGCUGAACACGCUGCUGCAGGAGUGGCCCGGCCUACUCUUCAACGUUCACAUCCUCUGCUCCAAGUGCCUGAAGAGGGGGUCUUCCAGCCCACACGCCUUCCCAGGUGAGCUGCUGAGUCAGCCACGCCCCGACGGUCUGAGCGAGAUCAUCUGUCCGAAGAACGGCUCGGAGCGGGUGGACGUGACUCUGGUGUACCCCCCGACCCCCACCGCCACCAGCCCCAAGUGACCCCUGGCCCCGGCCCCUCCAUCCACCACCUCCUGACCCGCUCACCUCCACAUCCUCCCUGCUCCAGCUCCACCUCCGUCCUCCGGCAUCAGCGCAUGUUCCAUCACUCGGACUCUGAGCGGGUUCAUCCUGCAGCCUCUCCGGCGGGGUUCUGGGCUGGCUCGCAGGCUGGUUUUGCUCCCGAAACCCAACCCACGGACCUGAGACUUGGGGACACUUGAGUUGUUUGUGGGUGAAAUGUGACUCUGCGGUUUUUCACAAUACAAGCACGCAGGGCUUUUCCUGACUGAAGAUCCAGCAGUGAUGCGGCAGGAUCCGGGAACGUCUCCACCGUGGAGGGAUGUGUGCACUCAUGCUGCAUGCUUCAUCUGCACACACUCACUCUUUUUACAGGAGAUGCUCUGUUGUGGUUCCUACUGACGGAUUCUGUUUGGUCCACGUCAAAUAUCUUCAACCCAGCGUCAGAGGAAGUUGGGAGAGUAUGAACCCCAAGAUGGUUUAUGGACUUUUUAAAAAAAAAUCCUCAUCUGCUUUAUUUCAUUUGUCAGCAAACGUCUAUUUUUUGCAGAUGUUGCUCCAAAAUCCCACUACUCUUCUGCACGACGACGAUUGUGUUUGUGUCCGCUGGUCCUCUAGAUUACAAGUGGUCAGCUAAUACUUGCUUCCUGGUCAUUUCCCUGCAGAUUCCUUGUUUUAUUGAUUUUCUGGACAGUAGAAGCAGAAGUAUGCAAACCCCUCCCAGUCUUUUAUUGAGAGGCAUUUUUUAAACAUUCAAUUUAAUCUCCUUUUGGCAAUAAUCUGCAGUGUACCUUCACGUUUUGGGAUGUGUUGCAGGUCUGAAAUGUUAAAACAGGUUUAUUUUGUUGGGUAACACCAGUACUCGAGUUGUAAAAAACAAUCAGGGGGGAUGGUGGAUUUUAUCACAUGGGGACAGAUAAUUUGUGCUGAUUACAAAUAAUAUAAUAUAUUACAAAUAAUAGCAGUGACCAAAACAGCUGCAGAAAUACUGCAGGAAUGACAUAGCAGCAGUUAAAUGCAGCCUUCUGUAAGCUUUAAAUAUCCACUGGGCUUACAUCAAAUACAUCAAAACACAACAAUAAAAAACACUUUUCUGAACUUAUCAAUAUGACUCU